GCAGAGACUAAGUGCUGGUCGAUUGUAUUUGUGUGUGAAUUCGGCUUCCGGAGCCGGAGUUUGUAACGGCCACAGGAAACACAUUACAUUGAAUUAAAAAAAAAAAAAAAAAAAAAAAAAAAAAAAUCAAACAAACAAUUAACAAACAUCGGGGAACUGAAAAAAUAAUCUGAAAACCGAAACCAAAAUCUGCCACGGGGCCUACUCAAUUACAUUAUAAGGACCUUAGAUCGGCGAUUGUGCCGAAAUGAAUUAAUGAGCGCGAUGGAAGAGAUGAGUUAGCUUGGCAGGAGGAUAUCAGUGGGUGUAAAUUCUGUGUGGCCAAGCAGGAGGGACCCGGAAGGGAAGAGGCUGCAGCAGCUGCUGCUGUCCUGAUCUCUCAGCUCUAUAGUACUAUCGAGAGAGCGGGACCCGGCAAAGAGAGUGCAUUUAUACUUCACUUAUUGCAUCUCAAAGAGAAAAAUAAUAAGGCACUGACGCUGGCUCGCAUUGAUGUAGGUGUGUUGCUGAGGAUCCUCCCACCUGACUACUUCGGGUUCCCAGUAAUGUGCUGUGUCAUCCCCAGUCUCCACAGGAACUCUGCAGACUCCCUUCGAAAGUCUCCGGAGGAAAGACUUUGACACCUAAUUGAUCUGGAAUGACCAGGGAACUGGCUGUGAAUCCCAAACGAGUUUGCUGAUUCAAAGGACCUUGCAGAACAGAGCACAUCAUCCAGCCUUUGGCAUUGCAAACAUACCUGAUUCUCAUCCGCAUUAAUCAUCAGCGACCAAAAGCUUGGUUUGCUUUCAAGGUUCCUAGGCUUGUCUCUCUUUCUUUCUCUUUGUGAUUUGGCCCGGGUGGGAUUGAUGGGAUGCAAUCAUGUCCGAUCCGAAUGAGCUCAGGCCAGUUAAUGCUCAGUAUGCUGUCUCCUUGCUGGAGCAGCUGAAGUUCUUCUAUGAACAGAAGUUACUGACUGACAUUGUGUUAAUUGUGGAGGGCACUGAAUUCCCUUGUCAUAAAAUGGUCCUGGCAACGUGCAGCUCGUAUUUCAGGGCCAUGUUCAUGAGUGGACUCAGUGAAAGUAAACAGACACAUAUUCACAUGCGGAACGUGGACCCAGUCACUCUCCAGAUAAUCAUUACCUAUGCAUACACGGGUAACCUGGCAAUAAACGACAGCACUGUAGAGCCUCUAUACGAGACUGCCUGCUUCUUACAGGUAGAAGAUGUAUUACUUCGAUGCCGGGACUAUUUAGUCAAAAAAAUUAAUGCAGAGAACUGCGUGAGAAUGUUGAGCUUUGGAGACCUUUUCAGCUGCAAUGAACUGAAGCAGAGUGCCAAACAGAUGGUGGAGCACAAAUUUGCUGUGGUGUACCGGCAUGAGGCCUUCCUGCAACUGUCCCACGAGCUUCUUAUUGACGUGCUGUGUAGCGACAAUCUCAACGUGGAGAAAGAAGAGACGGUGCGGGAGGCAGCCAUGCUGUGGCUGGAGUAUAACACAGAGUCACGCUCCCAGUACCUCUCAUCGGUUCUCAGUCAGAUCCGCAUUGAUGCUCUUUCAGAGGUAACACAGCGAGCCUGGUUCCAGGGCCUACCACCCAACGACAAGUCUGUGGUGGUCCAGGGCCUAUACAAGUCCAUGCCCAAGUUCUUUAAGCCCAGGCUGGGCAUGACCAAGGAGGAGAUGCUAAUCUUCAUUGAGGCGACUGCUGAGACCCCUGGCGACAACCAUGGUGGCUGCAACACUCACUCAGCUGUUUGCUACAGCCCCCAGGCUGAGAAGGUUUACAAGCUGUGCAACCCACCUGGCGACCUCCAAAAAGUGGGUACCCUAGUGACCCCUGACAACGACAUCUACAUAGCCGGGGGCCAGAUUCCACUGAAGAAUUCUAUCGCCAAUCACAGCAAAUCUAGCAAGCUUCAGACAGUCUUCCGGCCGGUGGACAGCUUCUACUGGUUCGAUGCCCAGCAGAACACCUGGAUCCCUAAGACACCCAUGCUGUGUGCCCGCAUCAAGCCUUCUGUUGUCUACUGUGAGGGCUACAUCUAUGCAAUAGGAGGCGACAGUGUUGGUGGGGAACUGAACAAGCGGACGGUGGAGCGAUAUGAUUGCGAAAAGGAUGAAUGGACGAUGGUGAGCCCCUUGCCCUGUGCCUGGACCUGGAGUACCUCAGUGGUGGCUCACGACUGUAUCUACGUCAUGACCCACAACCUGAUGUACUGCUACUUCCCCCGGGCCGACACCUGGGUAGAGAUGGCCAUGCGCCAGACCAGUCGCUGCUUUGCCUCAGCUGCCACCUUUGGAGACUUUAUCUUCUACAUUGGCGGUCUACACAUUGUCAGCAACUCAGGCAUCCGACUACCCACUAGCACAGUGGACGGCUCAUCUGUGGCUGUGGAGAUCUACGAUGUCAACAAGAAUGAGUGGCGGACAGCAGCCAACAUCCCCGCCAAGCGCUACUCGGACCCCUGUGUGCGGGCUGUGGUCAUUGUGAACUCCAUGUGCAUCUUCAUGCGGGAGACGCACAUGAACGAAAGGGCCAAGUACGCCAUCUACCAGUACGACCUAGAGCUGGACCGCUGGUUCCUACGACAGCCCAUCUCUGAGCGGGUCCUUUGGGACCUGGGCAAAGACUUCCGCUGUACAGUCGGCAAAUUGUACCCCUCCUGUCUUGAGGAGUCCCCCUGGAAACCCCCGACCUACCUGUUCUCUCCUGAUGGUGCAGAAGAGUUUGAGCUGGACGGUGAGAUGGUGACACUGCCCCGCGUAUAGCUUUUAGCUAAACUAACUUUGCACCCUUAACUGGUAUAUUGGAAGGUGGGGAGGUGGAGGGGGGGUUUGCAAUCCAGGAUGCUUGGUUAAUAAAUCCUACAGAAAAGCUGGAAAAUUAAUUUACAGAAGGCAAUUUCCUCCUAUACAAAUACAAGUACAUUGGUCCAUCUCAUCCCUGUCCCAGAAAGAUUUAUAAAACAAUAAAAAAUAAAAAAGAACAUGUAAAAAAAUAAAAAACCCAAAAAUGUAGUUCCCUUUUUAAAAAUAUUUUAGGUAUUUGUCAGUUCUAUGUAAUGAAAACCGGUUUAUUAUACUGUUACAGUGUGAGCUAUGAACGGAUUCUUAUGCACUUACCGACAACUCCUUAUAUUAUGUUGGCAACAGAACCAAAACCUCUUCCUAGAAAAUCAUGUGACAGCAACAAUAGAUUGGAACAGGCCUAUAUGACUGCAGGUUCAGUCAAAAGCAGGUUCUUGUUGUUAGAUGCAUGCUCUCCUGAUGUCAUUAACCCUUUAGCCUGUUUAUUUAGAUACAGGUCUUCCAAGCAGCUGGUAGUUUAACAAGUAUGGACUCGGAAGUUGCUGGGCUUGCAAUAGGAUUAGCCAGCCUCGAUUAGAGCGGGUCUUGAUGUGGAGCUCUCUUCAGUAAAUUCCUCCACUUUCUGUAUUACAGUAAUAUGGGCUCGUGCAUAUUAUUUCCUGCUGCUGAUAUACAUACAUAUAUUUUUUUUCAUUUGUAAGACAAACAAGUUUUAGUGUGAAAUUACAGGUCUAUUUUGUAUUUGCGUUUUUUUUUUUUUUUUUUUUUAAGUUAAUUUAAUAUCGGACAUUACUGUAGUGUGAUUGUGUAUAGAUAAUCCUACCUACUUUUAUUUUUUUUAUUUUUUACUACAGAUUUUUUUUUUUUUUUUUUUUUUUGAGUGAAAUAUUGAGGAAUCUUGCUGCUCGCUGAGUGCAGAAAAGCAGAUCCCUAGUGCUGCUCUGGCAUUAGUCCCAGGAACCACUAGCAGUAUCAGAGAGGAAGGAGGGCUCUCUCCAAACCUAAAGUGAGCACAGGUGCAUCAUGACAAAUCUUACUAGCAUGUUCGGCUGCAUCAUGUUCCUUUGGCACUGUAUUUUGAAUGACAUUAAUUUAUUAAAAAAACCUUUACAUAAA